GACACGACACGCGCACGCGCAUUGCUUCCCCAUGUGGGCUCAGGCCGUCAUCAGGCCCAGCUGAACAGUAGUGGGUAGACCCCUAGACUGCAAGACCUUGCUGCCAGCUGAGCAGACUCCACCGUCUUGCUGUUGCCCUCCUCUCUCGGUCUUCCCGCCAGCGCAGUUCACCAUGGGCAAGAGCCGGACGAAACGCUUCAAGAGACCUCAGUUCUCCCCUACGGGCGACUGUCAGGCCGAGGCGGCGGCGGCGAACGGGACUGAGCCAGAGGAGGACGACGGGCCAGCGGCGGAGCUGCUAGAAAAACUCCAGCACCCGAGCGCCGAGGUCCGCGAGUGCGCCUGCGCGGGGCUGGCCCGGCUAGUGCAGCAGCGGCCGGCGCUGCCGGGCCUGGCUCGCCGGGACGCCGUGCGACGCCUCGGGCCGCUGUUGCUCGACCCCAGCCUGGCGGUGAGGGAGACGGCGGCUGGCGCACUGAGAAAUCUCAGUGCUUGUGGCGGUUUCGAAGUUUGUGAUGACAUGGUGACCAAGGAUAUCAUGACUCCGCUGGUCGCACUGCUGAAAGAGUGUAGUACUGGACUGGAUUCAAAUGAGAUGUCUCCACAGGAAACAAAAGAUCAGAACAGAAAUUCUAUUGAAAACAUAGCCAAUGAGGUGGUAAACGUGCUGUGGAAUAUAUGUGAAUGCAGUAGUAGAGCAGUAUCUAUAUUCAACAAAGAAGGGUGUUUGGAGAUUGUAUUAAAGUAUUUAAGUAGGUUCUCCACCAAUGUUGACCUGGCUAUUUCAGUAGCAUAUUGUUUGCAGACGGUGACCGAAGAUAACCCAGAGCUACUGAAAUCUUUCAGUGCUCCAGCAUUGCAUGUGCUGGAAUCAGCAAUGCUUUCUCCUGUCAGUUCCAUGGAAUAUAUUCUAUUAAAGACAUUGGUGGCAGGCACAAUUUGGAAUCUAAAGGACAUUAUUCCAUCCAAGAGUCAGGCAGAAAUCAUAAAUGCCAUACUAAAGAUCUUAUCUGAAGUUCUGGAAAUGGAUGCUGGUGAAAUGGUUAUUCAAAUGAAGGAGACUGAAACUCAAAGGAUGAAAACUGCUGCACAGACUGAGGAUACAUUACAGAAUGUUAAUGGUGAUGAUUUGAUUGAGGAUGAUGAAAUGGAAGAAAUUCCUCAUAGAAGGAAAGUCAGAAGGAAAACUUUCAUUUCAGAUUUACUUCCACCCACCGACAAGGAGCUGAGAGAGACCAUAGCGUUGCUGACAGCUCAGCAGACUGCUCUGGAAAUCAUUGUCAACAUGUGCUGCAGUGAAGAUCCCACCGACGAUGAAUGGGAAGAGCUUUCCAGCAGUGAUGAAAGCGACGCGUUUAUGGAGAAUUCCCUGAGUGAAUGCGGUGGGCAGCUGCUGUCUCCCCUCUGCCUCUCCCAUGAGGUUCAUACCGCUCUCACCAACUACCUCAUCCCAAAGAAGAUUUUUGAGAAAACUGCCUUUCCAAACAGCAUUGCAGUUGACGUGUGUUCUAGGAACCCCAGUUGGAAACCUUUGAUUAGAAAAAUGAGCACUAUACAAUGCAGAGCCCUCGUGUGUCUCCAGAGCCUUGUCUCCCUCCUGGAUGUGGACCAUCUGGGAGGACCUGCAGCCCUUCAGACACUUGCACAGCAUCUGUCACAACUGCUUUUUUCUCAGCCAGAUUUUGCUAAGCAUGUUGACUUUUUAGAAGCCAUAAGUAGUGCCUUGAGGGCCCUUUUGCAAACAGUGGCCUCCAAGAACAUUCCUCAGAAAUUUUCAAGCAUGUACUCCAGAUCCUCCACAGUGAUCUAUCUGCACCUCUGUGAUAGGUGCCUUAUCACUUUUAUUUUUUACUUUUCAUGAAGGAAAUUUUCAAACAUUUCUAAAAGCAGAGAUAAUAGUAUUGUUACCUGAAAGCAUUAUCACCAAGUGUCAACAAGUUGCCAACAUCUUGUCAUUCUUGUUUCUUUCACUUUCCCUACAUUUUUGUUUUAGCUUCUUGGAAUAGUUAAAGCAAAUCAUAUUAUUUCACGCAUGAAUGUUUUAUUGUGUGCUUCAUUAUGUGUCUGUGACAGAAAAUGAACUUUUAAAAAACUUAACCGCAAUACCAUUAUCCCAAACCCCCAAAUCAACAGAUGUUUUAAAAUUAUCAUUUGAUAUGCAGUCUGAGUUCAGUUUUCCCUGAUUGCUUUUAAAAUGUCUCUCUUUUUUUUCAAUUGGUUUGUUCAAAUCAGCAUCUAAGUAGGAUCCAUGUAUUGUUCUUAGUUGAUAUUUUGGUCUCUUAAAUAUAUAUUUUAACGGGUUUAGUGAGAUUUAAUUCACAUACCAUACAGUUCACCCAUUUAAAGUAUACAAUUCAGUAGUUUUUAGUAUACUGACAGAUUCUUAAAUCUCUGAAUUUAUAACAUUUCCCCUGCCUGCCCCCCUUUCCCCAUACUAUUUAUUCAUUGAAGAAGCUAUCGGGCUUCCCUGGUGGCACAGUGGUUGAGAAUCCGCCUGCCAAUGCAGGGGACACGGGUUCGAGCCCUGGUCCAGGAAGAUCCCACAUGCUGCGGAGCAACUAAGCCCGCGCACCACAACUGCUGAGCCUGCACUCUAGAGCCCGCGAGCCACAACUACUGAGCCCAUGAGCCACAACUACUGAGCCCGCACGCCCAGAGCCUGUGCUCUGCAACAAGAGAAGCCACCGCAAUGAGAAACCCGCACACGGCAACGAAGAGUAGCCCCUGCUCGCCGCAACCAGAGAAAAGCCCGCGCACAGCCAAAAAUAAAGACCCAAUGCAGCCAAAAAUAAAAAAUAAAUAAAGUAAAUAAAUUUAAAAAAAAAAAACAGAAAACACUGAAAACGCCAUAAUAUUAAAAAGAAGAAGAAGAAGAUGCUGUCAUCUGUCCUAAAGAAUUUUCCCCAUUCUCAGAUUUGGCUGCUUAAACAAUGUUAUUGUUUAACAGGUCCCUCUGUCUCCCAUAUUUCCUAUAAAUUGGGAGCUAGGUCUAGAGCCUUAAUUAGAUUCAGGAUCUGAUUUUUUAGGCAAAAAUAAUUCAUAGCGCUGUAUGUAUAUUCUACUUUUAUAUCACAAAUCACAUAUUGUUGUAAAAUAAUGAUGUUAAGAUUAAUCAAUGGAUUCACUUGUAGCAACCAGUGAUUUUUGUUGUAUAGAUCCACUAUUCCAUUAGGGUUUGCAAAAUGGAGAUAUCCUAAUUUUGUCAUUCCUUUUAAAGCAUUUAUUAGCUGUGAUUCUUCUAUAAAUAAAAACUUCCUAUUUCAUCAAUUAGUUGGUAACUUUGAAAUAAAUUUCAUACCAAAAAAGAUAGGGUAUGAUUCUCCCUCCCCCCACCACACCCUUUUUUCUAGAAUAAUGAGUUGGUGUCCUAGCAGUCUCUAAAAAUGACCAGUUUUUUAAACCAUCAUUUAAAACUCAUUAUUAUUUACUUUACCCUACAGAAUAUAGUUAAUAAUUUCAAAAUAAUGGUAUUAUUACUAACAAUAACAUUACUGAAUGCAGUUUAAGAUUUCUUUGUGAUUCUUCAUGUCCUUAGGGAAAAAAAUCCCUCUAGGACUCUACAAAUUACUGUGUUUUAAAGUUGCUUGAAAAGUUCUCUUUGUGGCUUGUUAUAAAGUUAGCUUCAGUUGUUUCAGCUUUUUUAAAAGCAUUUUUUGUUUGCUUUAAUUUUUAUUUCUUAAUUAUAUAAAAUAUUUACACAGUUUCAGAGUUAAAACGGAAACAAGAUAUAUUCAGAGAAAAAGAUGGUAUAUACAUACUAUGGAAUAGUAUUCAGCUUUAAAGAGGAAUGAAAUUCUGAUACAUGCUACUGCCUGGAUGAACCUUGAAGGCAUUAUGCUAAAUGAAAGACACAAAAGGACAAGUAUUGUAUGAAUCCUCUUAUGAGGGACCUAGAGUAGUUAAAUUUGUGGGACAGAAAGUAGAACAGUGGUUACCAGGGGUUGAGGUAAGGGUGGGGUGUGUGGGGAGACAUUGUUUAAUGGGUACAGGGUUGCAGUAUGGAACGAUGAAGAAGUUCUGGGGAUGGAUGGUGGUGAUGGUUGGUUGCACAACAGUGUGAAUGUACUGUACUUACUGCCACUGAACUGUACUUUUAAAAAUGGUUGAAAUGGUAAGCUUUAUGUAUAUUUUAUCCCCAAAAAGAAUAUAUAUAUGUAUAUAUUUAGAGAGGUCUAGCGUCUGUCCCUUUGCCCCUGUUCUUUUCUUUGUGCCAUUGGUAAUCAUCCUUUUUGAUUUUUUUUUUUUUUUUAAAUUUUAUUUAUUUAUUUAUUUAUAUUUUUUUUAUUUUUGGCUGUGUUGGGUCUUCGUUUCUGUGCGAGGGCUUUCUCUAGUUGUGGCAAGCGGGGGCCACUCUUCAUCGCGGUGCGCGGGCCUCUCACUAUGGCGGCCUCUCUUGUUGCGGAGCACAAGCUCCAGACGCACAGGCUCAGUAGUUGUGGCUCACGGGCCUAGUUGCUCCGCGGCAUGUGGGAUCUUCCCAGACCAGGGCUUGAACCCGUGUUCCCUGCAUUGGCAGGCAGAUUCUCAACCGCUGCGCCAACAGGGAAGCCCUGAUUUUUUAAUUUAUCAUUCUGUUGUUCUUUUUUGGAAAACAUAAGCAAAAUACGUAUGUAUUUGUAUUUCACUCCUUUUCUUAAAAGUAGUGCUUCUGUAGUUUGCUCUUCUCCCUUAUUAAUCAUCAUAGACAUGUUUCUCAUUUGUUUUUUACAGCUUCAUAUCACUCCAUUGUGUACAUAUUCCAUAUUCAACAUGUCUGCAUCGAUGGAUAUUUUAGUUGUUUCCAAUCUUUUGCUAUUACAAAUAGAACUGCAAUGAAUAGCCUUUUUACAGAAGUUCUGUUAUGUUUUUGCCAUUGUGUCUUUGGAAUCGAUUCCUAGAAUUGGGCUUGCCGGCUCAGAGAACAGAUGGAUUUGUAGCUUUGCUCUAGGUAUUGCUGUAGUCCCCUCCUUAGAGUCUGAGUUGUUUCGAAUCUCCACCAGCAGCAUUUGAGAGUGCCUGUUUUGCCAGAGCCUCACCAGAAGAAUAUGUUGUCAAAAUAUUGGAUUUUAAGUGGUCUGAUGGGUGAGAAAUUAUAUCUCAAUUUUAAUUUGCAUUUCUCUUACUGUGAGGAAGUUGGACAUCUUUUCAUGUGUUUUAAGGGCCUUUGCAUUUCUUUUUCUGUAACUUUUCCCAUCUUUUGCCAGUUUUGCUAUCGGGUCCGUGGUCUUUUCCCUCUUUGUAUAUAAGGGCAAAUCCUAGGGCUUUGCCCCCAGUCUACUGAAGCAGAAACUGGGCAGGGGCCCAGAGAUGUCUGUGUUUUAACAAGUUCUCUAGGUGAUUGUCAUGCACUCUGAAGUUUGAGAACCACAGUUCUAAACCGUCCUCACUCCUUCCUUUCUAAAAUCCUCCAGUUUUGAGUACCAUGUCACUAGACCACACCACCCACCUCUCUUGGUUACAGUCACCCACCAUCCCUAAGGGCGCCCCUCGUUCCUUGAAGAUUCCUGCUGUUGGGCUCUGUUCCUUUUCACUGGUCCCGUCAUGAUUCUAGGUGAUUUCAGAAUCCACAUGGAUGCUCUUCCCAGGAACCUGGCUUCGCAGUUUUUGGGCCUCCUUUCUUCUGGUGGCCUGUCUUGCUUCCGUCCUUAGUCAUUGCAUGGCCACACCUCUAGAGCAGCGCUAACCCAGACUUGGCCCUGUUCCAGAGUUUAAUGGGAAGUCUCUGGUGUUUUACUGUUAAAUAUAGUACAUGGUGUUGGCCUCUAAUAUAUACUCUUUAAAUUUUUUCUUUUUGUAUAUUUGAGAAUUUUUUUCAAGAACAUAACUUCUAAAAAAAAAAACAUAACUUCUGACCCUCAGUUUCUAUGAAAGGGAAAGUGACAUUAGCACUCUCUUGUGAUACCUGUGUCCACGUGUGUGUUCAAAUCAGCUUAAAAUGAAAAUUAUCACUACUUGGUGGAAGCCCUAUAUAAUUUAAUGGGUUUUACAAUCUUUAAUAAUUUACCAUAACACACAAAUCUCAGAGUCAGUUCUUACCUUGUAUAGAUUUCAGCCCAUUUUUAUUAAAGCUGCAUGAUCCUAUUUACGUUUUUAAAACAUUUUUUAUGAUCAACGUUGAAAAGAAAUUAGAAUCUCUUUGGUCUGUGUACCUCUGAAUGAAGGUCUUCAAAUGAGACAAAUAGGAACUGAAGGUUCUUUUACAGGCUUACGGCCGUGUGAUAGAGUAAGCGGUGACGGUGACAUGAGCAGGCCCCGUCCUAGUUCAGAGUCACCAACGUUAUUAAUGAGUGGGUAGAAUAUGUAAUAACUUCUCCACCGAGAGUUUGUGUCACUUGUAGCAUCGUGCCUCUUGUAGAAGAGACUCCUGCCAAUCCCGUUGCACAUGCUGUUGGAAUUGGCUGAGUUUAACACGCUAAAUACUCUCUCCUUCUCUU